AAACUUUAUUUUGUCGAGGCCACCCAAAAUCCAUCUCUCGGUAGCAGAAGCGAGAUCCAAGGGAAGAGACAAGGGACAAGAGAUAAGGAAAAAGCGAAGAAGGAGACUUUUUCCUUCUGUUGCCUGAAAAACCUAUAUGGUGAAUGAACAUGAACGUCGAGGAAGAAGAUGACCACGUCGAAAAAAAGAAGAAAAAUAAACAACAAAACCCCACCGACGCUGAAUUUUCCGUUAUAAACCACAACCUCCCCUAUAAAAUGCAAUUAUUAUUUCCAUAAAAAAAAAAAAAAAAAAAAGAAUGCAAGAUCGAAACCCAAAUCAUCUAGACUCGACGUUGUCGCCCAAUGCCGACAACAAUCAUCCCCAACGGAAGUCGUUGCACCGACGAGCAAUCUCGGAGGUCCAAUUUUGCAUUAUUCCUCAAGACUUGGAUCUCUCUUCUGCUACCUCAUUUGACGACCUUGGAUCCGAAAAUGAUCUCUUCUACACCUACAUGGACAAGGGGGAGAAUCUGAAUCCUUGCCGUAGUAGUGGCGGACUCGAGGCAGGUAACAAGGCUUCUUGUCUAAAAGGAAAGCAUCGACACAGCAAUUCCAUUGAUGGCUCUUCCAUUGUAGAGUCCAUCGAGGCCAAGAAAGCUAUGGCUCCUGAUAAACUUGCUGAAUUGUGGAAUGUGGAUCCAAAACGAGCCAAAAGGAUCAUUGCGAAUCGCCAAUCCGCUGCACGUUCUAAAGAGAGGAAAGCUCGUUAUAUACUUGAACUUGAAAGGAAAGUGCAUACCUUUCAAACAAAUGCAACUACUCUUUCUACCCAACUCUCAUUAUUCCAGAGAGGUACAUCUGGUCUAACCAACGAGAACACAGAGCUCAAGCUUCGGCUACAAGCCAUGGAACAACAGGCUCAAUUGCACGAUGCUGUGAAUGAUGCAUUGAGGAAGGAAGUAGAGAGGCUGAAGCUUGUAACCGGAGACAGAAUGACUCAAGUAGUGGAUCCUUUCUACAAUGGAGUGAACCAUCAACCCACUUUCUUCCCAAUCCAACCGCAGUUUGGACAUGUAAUGAGCAACAUGAAUCAUGUUCCACAGUAUCAUCAUCCUUUCAUGCCCACUAAUAAUGUGCCAGCUAAUUCACAUGGGCCUGCUCUAGCUGCUUCUGGGCCUCAUUAUGGACCUGGUUUCUCGGAGAUGUUGCCACACGAUCCAAUUGGGCGUCUCCAAGGGCUUGAUAUCAGUAGUGGAAACUAUGUUGUGGUAAAAUCUGAAGGUCCCUCUAUUUCUGCUAGUGAGAGCAGUAGUGGCUAGAGACAUCACAUAAUUCUUUCUAGUUUGCUGGACCCAUUGCCCACUUUUUGACCUUGUACGGACCUUGAGGGCUAACCUAAUUUCACAUUUAAUUUAGAUUUGUGUAAUUAAUGUAAUAUAUACUA